UUUUUUUUUUUUUUUUUUUUUUUGGUCUUUUCUUUCUCCUUCCUUACACCUUCCUCCUCACAACUGCUCCAUCUUCUACUCCUUACUCCAUCUUCCACACUUUCCCCACAAUUGUGAUCAUCAAUUUGAUUUUGGAUUUCAUCUCACAUUAAAGCUUAAGUAUUAAAUACUUGGGCUACAGUGAAAAUGGCAAACAAAGCAUUCAGAAUAUGUAGUAGUGUGGCUGAAGCAUUGAGUUACAUGCCAUUUUCGCUGCAAUACAUUGAGCCAACACAAUAACGAGUUUCCUACUGUCUUCCCCAGCAAAGGUGGACUUGAGAUCAUCAAACAUAUAUGGCCACCCCGACAAGAAGCAGGGCCUUAGAGGGCUAGAAUGCGCCUUAAAAGAGAUCGAGGAGCAGUUGAAUUUUAUAUGCAGAACUCAUCAAUUACCUCUAGCUCAGACAUGGCUACCUAUCCUUGACGGAAGCAAUGUUGAAAGAUUCAAGACCGCAGAGGAACAAUUUUGCAUAUGUACAUCAGAAGGCUAUGAGUUCAGAGCUGCUUGUGAUAUGUUUCACUUAGGGAAGAGUCAGGGGGUUGUUGGUAAGGCCUUUUUAACCCGUAGUUCAUGCUUCUGCAGUGACAUCACACAGUUAAGCAUGACUGAGUACCCCUUGGCACAAUGGCACAUGUGGCACACAGAGUUGGAUUACAUAGCUCGUUUGCUAUAUGUUCGCAGAGUUCCUACAAAGGGGACUAUGUAUACCUAUUGGAGUUCUUUUUACCCCAAGAUAACAAGUCAGAUUUCAGGAGUCCACAAACCAUGUUGAAUAUGUUAUUGGCCUCGAUGAAGCGACAAUUUCGAAGUUUCAAGCUUGCUUCUGGACAAAAACUGGGAGACAAACUAUCUGUUGAAAUUUUACCUGUUCCUUCAGAUGAUGGACUCAACUCUUUUGAGAUAUGCCAUAGUGUGAAAUCUUUAUCUGAUAUUGAAGCAGUAGCACGCCCGGGAAAAAUAGAGUGGUUUGACCCAUCAAACAGAUUACCGAAAAGUGGAAAUACAGUAAAUAUCUAUCCUGAAAAUAUUGAUCUAACAACAUCAUCAAGAACUACUAACACUACAACAAAACUAAAAAAUGUGAGGGUGCUAAGUAAUAGAGUUGUUUCCAAUAGCUCUGAGGGAGAAAGCAUGAUGAAAAUAUCCGAAGGACACCACAGAAUUAACAAUGUAGUGCUUCAGCAAUCAGUUGGUGCACAAGUCAAUGGCACUGAAACCACUCUUGUGAUCAGCUUGAAUCUGCCAAGGUUGCUGAUAGCCAUUGUGAAGAAUCCAGUGGAGGUGACCAGUUAUGUCAUGACACCACAACUUCCUUGACUCAUGCUGCAAAGCCUACCACACAAGCUGCGGGAGUGCAGAAUGAAAUCAUCAUUCCAAGAAAAUGUCCAAAUUUUCUAUUCUCUGGGGUUCGUGGUGAUGAGCUAGAAAGGUUAGCCAAGGUGUCAGCUUUAUGAUCGUGAGGAGCUCCAGGAAUUUUUGCAGAAGUUACCAGAGCAUCAACGGUGCGAUGCCGUGAGUUCAAUGGUGUAUGAGGCUAAUGCUAGAGUGAGGGAUCCUGUUUAUGGUUGUGUUGGAGCUAUAGCAUCUUUGCAGAACCAAGUUAGCCUUCUCCAAAUGCCCAAGUUAGCCUUCUCCAAAUGCAACUGGCAGUUGCUCAAGCUGAAGUGGUGUGCAUGCAGAUAAGUAUGGACAUGGCAGAUCCAACACUUAAUUCUUCCUUCCUUGUUUCUUGCAAAAAUGUAAAAAUAGCACGGCCUAGCCAGUUUUCGGACUGGUCAUGCAAAAAUAGCCAGCGUUUACC